AUGGUGCUUCUAAGUCCCUCAAUCAGAGGCCUCAGGAAACUGCUGGCUAUCUCUGAAAAUGCAGGGCAGCAUGGCCUCAAAUAUAAUGUAAAAAAACACAAAAUGAUGGUGUUUCCGGCUAAGAAAGGUCUGGAGAGAAUUCCGAUGGUCUUUUUAGACGGUGUAUCCAUAGAUAGAGUGGACCGAUUCAGGUUCUUUGGGCAUAUCUUAACUGAGAACUUGUGUGAUAGCGAUGAUAUAGAACGCGAGCGGAGGGCUCUGGCUGUUCGAUGCAAUAUUUUCGCACGCCGGUUUGCACAGUGCAGUCCUGAAGCGAAGCUGACGCUGUUUAGAGCAUAUUGUAAAACUGCACGAAGCAGCAUCAGACUGCAGUAUAAUAAUGUAUACCGUAUUCUGAUGAGACUGCCCAAAUAUUGCAGUGCGUCGGGCAUGUUUGCCGACGCCAGAGUCCCCGAUUAUUUCGCAGUGAUAAGAUCACGAGUUGCUGCUUUUUGGUCUCGCAUUCGCGAAUCGGAAAACGAAAUUCUCAGUGUAUGCUCUGAGCACCCAGAGAAUCCUAUACUCCAUUACUGGCUUUCGGUGCAUCGUGACAUUAACCAGAAAUAG